CUGCCAGUCUCCGUCGUAGCGUGCCCGCGCACAGGAGGCGUGUCCUUGGGAGUCCGGAAGUGUCCGCGGGCUCGAAAAGGAAAGCCACCAGGACAUCAGUGAGACGGACUCACCGUGCAAAGCGGACUGUCUCUGAGAAUAAAACGCACACGUCACGUGAAACUGGCUUUAUUAUAGCCCAUUCGAAACUGCAGCUCUUCCACGAUGGAAGAAACGUUGAACGCUACGCUAAGGGCUAACGUUUUUAAGAAACUGCGCGGAGUGGCGGAAAUCUGCCUGCCUGGCAUCCAAACGGGAACAGACGAGCAAGUGCUUCGAAACUGGGAGAGCAACUUUGAACACUGCUUGUCCAUUCUAGUGAAGGAGGCGGUGAAAAUGGUACUGGAAACCGUCAGAUCGGAGUUUAAAGAAUUUAUAGACAAACGAAUUGCAGAGGUACAACUCGCCGUGUACGAACAGGAGAAUGAGAUCGAAUGCUUGAGAUUGCAGCUGGGAAUCUCUCGGAGCGGACCCGUGUUCGUGCACGUGAGCCCCGAGGAUGAGGUCCGCGGCAGGUCCGAAUCCGCCUUGGGCGCCAGACAAUCGAUCCCGGAUCCCGGAGCCGAAGACGGAGCAGGUGACCGACAGUGGGUGACUAAUGCCAGCCGUGGACCAGCCCAGGAGGACAGCUGCGCACCGAAGGUGGUCCUCGGCGGAGUUUCGUUUACUGGGAUACCAACGCAGGGGGAAGCAUCCUGCAAAGACUAUGGGAGUUUCAGCCUGGAGAACUGGGAAGUCUCUCGUAACACUCCAGAGCAUGUCAAUGAGGACAGUGAAAGUGAGAUUUUUGUGGAGCUUUCGAGGAACGUGGAAGAGGCUCACCCGAAACUGAGCAUUAUUCCCCUUUCAGAGUGUAACAUGAACUUGCAGCCUGUUCAAGUUAAGGAGGAAUUCAAGGAUCAGGGCUCCGACUGCUUAAAAGUGGAAGUCACUGACUUGGAUCUUCAUUCGAUUAUUAAAGCAGAGGCCUCUGUUUUUGUGCAUGACAAUGAAGAGAUUUCAUUAGUGCAUCGCAGUGAAGAAUUUGUAGAGCUACGUCAGCCGGAAACUAGGCUGCAGAAUGAAUCUGCUGGAAAAGUGAUCAAGAGGGGGAAGCAAAAUUUUAAACCGAAGAGACCUGUGCCCAAGCAUAACAGACCUUUUGUUUGUCAGGAGUGUGGGAAGACCUUUAAUCAGUUAGCCCACCUUAAGGUACACCAGAGAAUCCACUCCGGCGAGAAACCGUACCGAUGUGGUGAAUGUGGCAAGGUCUUCAGCCAGUUAACCAACCUUAAAACGCACCAGAGGAUCCACACGGGGGAGAGGCCAUACAGCUGUGCAUUGUGCGGAAAGAACUACAGUCAGUUAGUCCACCUUAAAUCACACCAGAUGACUCACACAGGGGAAAGGCCAUACAGCUGUGGCACAUGUGGGAAGAGCUUCAGCAACAUCUGCAACCUUAAAACACACCAGCGAAUUCACACGGGGGAGAAACCCUAUACUUGCAACGAAUGCGGCAAAAGAUACAAUCAGUCGGCCUCCCUGAAGAAACAUAUGAUGGUCCACGCUCGGGAAAAUGCAAACAGUUGCAGUGACUGUGGGCGGACUUUUUGUAUAUCAGAUCACCUUCAAGAACACCAGAACACACAGUACAGUAGUGCGGAAGGCCAUUUAAAUCAGUUCGACUCCCUUAACCGUCACUCUGGCUGUGCAAAAUGCAGGAAGAGACUGAAACGCGCCGCGUACAAACACAAGAAGCCCCACAUGUGCACUGAGUGUGGGAAGACUUUCAGCCAAUCCACCAACCUGAAAACGCACCAGAGGACUCACACCGGUGAGAGACCCUACCGGUGCGGUGAAUGUGGAAAGUCCUUCACUCAGUUAGUUCAUCUCCAAACGCAUCAUAGAAUCCACACGGGAGAGAAACCGUACAGCUGCAGCAAGUGCAACAAGUCUUUCACGAUGUUAAGCAACCUAAGGACUCACCAAAGGAUUCACACGGGCGAGAGGCCCUACAGUUGUCCAGAAUGUGGGAAGACAUUUGCUGUGCUAAGAAACCUAAAAGUACAUCAGAGAAUCCACACAGGAGAGAAGCCAUACAGUUGUGCAGACUGCGGCAAGCCCUUCAGUCAGUUAGCCAACCUUAUUAAACACCAGAGGAUUCACACCGGCGAGAAGAGAUACAGCUGCCAGGAAUGUGGGCGGAGCUUCACCCAGUUCAGCCAUCUUGAAUCCCACCGGAGAACACAUUCUGGAGAAAAACCAUACAAGUGUUCAGAAUGUGGGAAGUCAUUCAAGCAUCGAGACAGCUUCAAAGCCCACCGAAUGACGCACACAAACGAGAAACCAUACAGCUGUGCAGAAUGUGGGCGCUGUUUUAGUUGGAAAAAUAAUCUUAAAAGACACCAAAAGAUUCACACUGGGGAGAAACCGCACAGAUGUGCCGACUGUGGGAAAUCCUUCCAACUGUUAGACUACCUAAAAAGUCACCUGAGAGUCCACACGGGUGAAAAACCAUACAGUUGUAUGGAGUGCGGGAAGGCGUUCAGCAUUCUGAACAACUUUAAGAGACAUCAGAGGAUUCACAGUGGGGAGAAACCAUACAGUUGUACAGACUGUGGGAAAAGCUUCAAUUUGCAAAGAAGCCUAAGGACUCACCAGAUAAUUCACACUGGAGAAAAGCCGUACAUGUGUGCCGACUGCGGCAAGACCUUUACUGUUAAGUACAGCCUUAAAAAGCACCAGAGGAUUCACAGUGGCGAGAAACCCUACAUCUGUAAUGACUGCGGAAAAGCCUUUUAUCUCUUAUACAACCUUAAAGUUCACCAGAGGAUUCAUACUGGUGAAAAGCCAUACAGUUGUACUGAAUGUGCCAUGUCCUUUAUUUGUCAAAGCAACCUCAAACGGCACCAGAAAAUCCAUACUGGUCAAAAGAAGAAACGCUGAAAUGUCUAAAGUGCCCCUGACCACCGUAUGCAUUAGGGUGAAAUCUCCGCUACACACCUCAGUGAGGUCAUUUGGGACACUGCAUUAUGCAACGUUUCACACUGGCGCUGGCGAGCCAUAAGACAAGUCCACAAAAUAUUAUAUAUGUUAUCAUGGAACCGCAGCACAUACAGGGCCUAUCAAAGGCAUUCACCUUCUUGGAAGUUUUUUUUUUUUUUUUUAUAUAUUUUCUUGUUAUACACGGAGAACUGAAUUUGGCCAUUUUGACACUGAUCAGCAGUCCCUGUGAUGUGAAAGUGAAAACAGAUCACUGUAAAGUCAGGUCAAGUCCUGCACUGGUAUAGCGUGUUGCCACACUCACCAUAUGACAGAAUACUUCAUGAUCCCCCUCAGGUAGACACGUGGUCCAGUCCCACCCUCUGGAAAUGACUACCGCAGCCAGGUGUUACAUGGGCGUCCCCUUGGCCUGGUCCAGUUGCUCGGGUCCUCAACAAUGAGGAUCCUGUGAGGCGGAUCACCCUCUGUGAAUCACGCCACGUGGCCGUAACUGACAAUCUGCCUCAUUCGGGACUCCAGUGAGCAACUGCUCACUCAACACAAAGGCAAACCGGCGGUACCCAACGAUUCCCCGAAGAGACACAGUACCGAGGUACAGCAAAGUGGUCUAAAUUAAUUAUAAAUCUAUCACAUUAGCAUUUAUUUACAU